UUUUUGUUUGGUACAAUGCUUGGAGCCGGAGCUCAAUGCCGCGGCCCGGAUCGCUUAGCUGCCAUCCGUCCGAUUCCAAACACUUCUUCUUCUUCCUCCUCCUCUUCGCGCCACUUGGUCUGCACGGUUCGGUUAGGGUUUAACAGAUCACCAAAACGGUGCAAUUCGCUCAAAUCGCUCCGCAUUGCCUGCUGCAACUCUUCCUCUCCCUCCAGAUCCAGCAAAGCCGACGAUCAUCACGAUUUCGACUACAUCCAAGCUUCCCUCCUCCUCUCAGAAACUAUAUCUCACUACCGUAUGCAAAGGCGAGGUUUUCAAGAAGAAACGAAAUGGCAGUCAUCUGGUAAAAUGCGUCCCUUUCCCGUCCGAGCCAGCCGACAACAUAAUUUUUUCGAUACAUUAGGCCGAAACUUUGUCCAUCGUUUCCAAAGUCCGACGAUUUUUCUGAAGAUUUCUUGUGAUGGAGACUUUUUGCUUCCAAUUGUUGUAGGCGAAUUCGCGAUCGAAAAUCUCAUAGACGGCCAAUGGGGAGAUGAGAAUGGGGACCCCCCGGAUCAAUUUCACUUUAUGAGAAAUCUCGUUGACAAACUCGGCUAUCAAGUGAAUAUGGUGAGAAUUACGGAAAGAGUGCGGAAUAAUUACUUUGCCAGAUUGUACUUUAGCAAGCCAGGGGAAAAUGGCUUUCUUAGUGUUGAUGCACGCCCAUCAGACGCCAUAAAUUUCGCACAUAGAUGCAAGGUGUCUAUCUCUUGUCUUCCUCAACACAAAUGCUCAUACUUUGCACCCAUAUAUGUAAACAAACAGAUUGUCUUAACAGAUGCAGUGAGGUUCAGUUAUGGGAUGGGCGGAGGGCGCGUGACAAAGUCUUGUUAUGAUGUAUCUCUUGACAGUGCUAUAGAGGGCCCAGAUUCUUUAAUUCAAGAACUUGGUUUGGUCAAGAAUAUCAAUCUAGCUAUCAAAGAGGAAAGAUAUAAAGAUGCAGCCAUAUGGAGAGACGAACUAUUCAAGCUUCGCAAGUCAAUUCAAGGGCCUUGAUCACUAUAUAAGGUUAUUCUGCUCUAAUGAGUCGUUUCUUCAACGAAUAUGCCUUCUAGACCUCUGGCAUAGCUUUUCAUUGUGAAGAUUAUGGUGCAAGGAAGACCUUUACGAGUUAUUGGAUAACGAGGGAACUUCUAUAAUAUUUAAUGUACAGCCGCCUUAGAAAAUUUCCCCAAAUAUGUAAAUAUUAAUCGUGUAUCGAGUUCCCUAAAGACGGUCGGUAAAUCUUACCAAACUGUCUGUAAAUCUACUGUCAAUAACUUUUGGAGAUGCAUAUCCGUAACUCUACUGUCUGUAAAUCUUACCAAACUGUUGUAUGAAAAGAAGGAUCAAUAGUGUUUGCCCAAA